UCUAUAUUCAUUCAGAUAGAAUUAAUAACCAGCUAAUUCAUCAUCUCUCAAGUCUUUUCAAUCAUGGCUUCUUACUCUUCAUAUUCUUCUUGGCCAUUCUUUUUCUUUGUUCUAGUAUCAUCAUUGUGCAUGUUUGGCAUGAAUAUUAGCAUAACAUCUGCACAGUUAUCUUCCACUUUUUAUGCGACUAGUUGCCCUAACCUCCUCCCUACCAUCCAAGCUGCAGUAGUAAAUGCAGUUUCUAACGAAGCCAGAAUGGGAGCUUCUCUAUUACGUCUUCAUUUUCAUGACUGCUUUGUUAAUGGUUGUGAUGCUUCCAUUCUGUUGGAUGAUACAUCAAGCUUCACUGGAGAAAAGACAGCAGGACCAAAUGCAAAUUCUGUGAGAGGGUUUAAUGUCAUUGACACCAUAAAAACUCAAGUUGAGGCAAUCUGCCCUAAAACUGUUUCUUGCGCUGACAUUCUUGCCGUUGCAGCUCGAGAUUCUGUUGCUGCCUUGGGUGGGCGUCCAUGGGUUGUACAAUUAGGAAGAAGAGAUGCUAAAACUGCAAGUAUGAGUGAUGCUAAUAGCAACCUCCCCGCUGCCACACUUGGUCUUAGUGGCUUGAUUGCUUCCUUCUCCACCAAAGGUUUUACUACCAAAGAAAUGGUGAUUCUCUCUGGAUCUCACUCUAUUGGUCAAGCUAGAUGCACAACUUUUCGAAGUCGAAUCCACAAUGAAACGAACAUAGAUGCACCUUUCGCUACAUCUUUGAAGACUAGUUGUCCAACAUCAGGAAAUGAUAAUAAUCUUUCCCCACUCGACGCAACCCCAAUAAUUUUCGAUAACACUUAUUACAAGAAUUUAGUUAGCAAGAAAGGACUUCUUCAUUCGGAUCAAGAACUUUUCAAUAGUGGAUCUACAGAUGCUCAAGUGACAACUUACAGCAAUGACAACCCGACAUUCUUGACUGAUUUUGCUGUUGCCAUGGUAAAGAUGGGAAAUCUUAGCCCUUUAACGGGUAGCAAUGGAGAAAUCAGAACUAAUUGCAGGAAACUCAAUUAAAUAUGGUUUUAGUUUUGAUAAUUAUGUAUCCGGUUAUCAUCAAAAUAAAGAGCAAUUGUAUUAUGUUCGUCUCAUUGUAUAAUGAGACAUAGAUAAUAUGAGAUAGUUUUGUGUUUAAGUAGUAUAGCGAAUUUUAAUAGUUUUUGGUGGACCGAAAAAAAAGACAUGAGUUAUUUUGUUUUUGGUAUCAGGUUUUGUUCAGCUUUAAAGUUUGGUUUAACAUUU